AUGCCAAGAAAUUAUAAAAAACGUAUAGGGUCGAGAAAUUAUAAAAAUUACAGCGCCGAAACUUUAAGACAAUGUUUGGCUUCCAUAGAAAAUAAAGAAAUAACGCAAAGAAAAGCUAGUGAAAAGUAUGGCAUCCCACGCAGAACCAUUAUUAAUCAGUUAAGACUCCUACGAUCUAAAAUGCCAUCUCGACCUCCAGGCGCACAAGCAACAUUUUCAAGUGAAGAAGAAGCCUUAUUUGUCGACUGCAUUUUAAGGCUGAGCGAGUACGGCUUUCCUCUCACAAUUUUCGAUCUUCGCAUUGUUAUUAGAACAUAUUUGGAGAAAAUUGGUCGGAGAAUUACAAAAUUUAAAAAUAAUUGUCCAGGUACUGAAUGGGUGUCAAGUUUCCUAAAAAGACAUUCAUGUUUAUCACAAAGAUUUGCGACCAACAUUAAACGCAACAGAGCAGCCAUUGACAAGGAAACCAUCACUGCUUACAUAGAAAACUUGCAAGAGGUGGUUAGAGACAUACCGCCCGAAAAUUUAUGGAAUUUUGAUGAGACUAAUUUAUCCGACGACCCUGGUCAAAAAAAAGUAAUAGCGAAGCGAGGUGCAAAAUACCCUGAACUUAUAAGUAAUACCUCCAAAAGCUCAACUUCUAUCAUGUUUUGUGGUAGUGCUAAGGGAGAAUUAUUACCGCCGUAUAUUGUCUAUAAUUCUAAGCAACUAUGGAAUACAUGGACGGAACAAGGGCCAAAAGAUGCCAGAUUUAACAAUAGCCCAUCAGGUUGGUUUGACAUGAAUAUAUUUAACGAUUGGUUUUUUACACAAAUUUUGCCAAUAUUAAAGAAACAAGAGGGUCCGAAAGUUAUAAUAGGAGAUAACUUGUCAUCUCACAUUUCUGUAGACGUCCUAAAUGCUUGUGACAAAAAUAAUAUUAGAUUUGUUUGUUUGCCACCUAAUAGCACUCAUCUAACUCAGCCGUUAGAUGUUGCCUUUUUCCACCCAAUGAAGGUAGCAUGGAGAAAAAUCCUGACCGAGUGGAAGGCGAGUGUUCAAGGUAGGCGAGAGCAAGUACUCCAAAAAAGCAGUUUCCCAGUUCUGUUAAACCGACUCAUUGAUAUUUUGGAACCGACGCGAGAGGUAAACCUCGUUUCAGGUUUUCGGAAAUGUGGAAUUUAUCCGGUUGAUGCCAAUCCAUUAUUAGAGAGGUUGCCUACAACUGUUGACAAGACUGCUUUGCAAGACUCUUUUCUGCAGAGUCUUGAAGCUAAGAGGCUAGAAUGGACGACAAAUAGAACUACAAGAGGACGUCGCAGGAAACUACACAUCACUCCUGGAAAAAGUGUAACUGAAGAAUUAAGCACACUUUUGGAUGAUAAAGAAAAUGAAGAGUUGGCACAACCGUCAACUUCAAAGAUACCAUGUCGCCGCAGAGCCAGUUGUGAAAGCUCUUACGCAGAAAGUAACGACAUGUCAGUUCAUGAUUCUUCCGAUCUAGGUUCUCUUGGAGAUUUAGAAAAUCUUGAAGCUAAUACUGAUACAGCGGCCGAAACUUAUAAUGAAAAUUGCAAUUUCAAACCAAUUGUGAAGGCGGUCGGGCAAUAUGUAGUCUUCACGUAUGAGGAGGAAAUUUUUCCUGGUAAAAUCACAAAAAUAACUAAAGAAGGGCCGUAUAUCUCUUCAAUGAAGAGGUCACUAAAAUCCUGGACGUGGCCUAAACCCGUCGAUGAAAUUCAAUACAAUUGGCAGGAUAUAUUGGGAUGUAUUGAAGUCCCUAAAAAAAUUAGUACCCGCCGUGAAAUAUAUUCCGUCCCUGAACUAGACCAAACUUGGGGUUUUUAA